AUGUCAGCGUGGAAGGUCGACGUCGGUCCGCUUUUGCGUUACGAUACCGUGGACAAUCAGGGCGUGUACCAUGCUUUUGCACUGCUUGUGACGCAGCAUCCGGCUGGCAGCGUGCCGGUGAAUCCACCCAUUCUGCAGUAUGUCACUACUGCGAACCAGCAGCCUACGGGGCCUCCUCUGCAAACAAAGGGCCUACUUUUGUGGGUGUACAAUGACCAAGCGAGAAAAUCGCACGCUUUCUGGCGCUUCAAGUUUGAGGUACGCAUGUUGAAGGUGCCCCAACAGGUGGCCUACAUUAUUCCCGGUGCCUCUGAGCUUCUUGAUUUCUUCGUGCCGGCGCACCACCAAAACUUCCGCUGGUCGGUAUACUCGUGCAGUGGAUUCAGUGCUAGUGUGGAUCAAGAAGAAUACGGUGGCAUGGACCCUAUGUGGAAUGACAUGCUCAGGGAGCAUGCCAACAAUCCUUUCCAUGUCAUGAUUGGUGGCGGUGACCAAAUCUACAACGACAAGGUCGCAGAAAUCGACAUCGUCAAGUCCAAUAUUCGUCCGAAGAAUAUGAACUCGGAGGAAGAGGAAAUCGUGCCACCGGAGAUCAUUGCAGCCAUCGACCGAUUCCUCUUUGCGAACUAUCUCGAAUGCUUCAAUUCUCCUGCUAUGGCACGAGCUAUGGCGCGCAUUCCCAUGGUCAAUAUGCUGGACGACCACGACCUGGUCGAUGGGUUUGGAACGUACCCAGAUGACUUGAUGAUGUCGGGUGUGUUUAGCAUGAUUGGAUCGCGCGGCUACUUCUUCUACCUACUGUUCCAACAGUUUAUGAACGAUGAAGUCGACGGCAUUAUCAAUGAGAACACCAAAAAUCCCAACCCAUCUGAAAUCAAGUCGCUCAUUAUCGGUGGCCCGGGCUGUUACAUCCCCUUCCCCACUCACUCGUUCCUCAUUUGGCUUGGCCCGAAGCAGCACAUGCUUCUUCUGGACUGCCGCGCUCAGCGGAAGCUCAACCAAGUGUGCGGCACGGACACUUACGAACGUGUGCAUGAGGCUCUCGAGGCCAUGCCAGACACAGUGCGCCACUUGAUCAUUCAACUGGGCGUCCCGAUAUCUUAUCCGCGCAUGGUGUCUCUGGAAAACAUGCUCUCAAAUCGCUUCAAUCCCUUCGUCUCCAUCGCCAAGGCAUUCAUGCCGGCUUUCACCAACAACUACAAUGGCCAGGUAGAAUUGCUGGACGACCUUAAUGACCACUGGUGCGCAGCAAAUCAUAAGAAGGAGCGUAACCAGCUGAUUGAACGUGUCCAAGAGCUGUCCAAAUCGCGAAAGCUCCGUGUUUCGUUCGUUAGCGGUGACGUCCAUGCCGCAGGCUGUGGUGUGUUCCAGUCUUACGAUGGCAUGGAUCCAAGCCGCGACUACCGCUAUAGUCUGGCUGUGAUCACAAGCGCUAUUGUCAAUGCGCCUCCACCACCCGCUGUCAUUAGCAUUGUGAACAGGCUGGCUUCGAAGCACCACAAGAGCAUGAAUUAUGCCCACACGCGUGAAACAAUGCUGCCAUUGUUCGAAGUUGAUUUGGAUGAAAAGGCCUCCAAGAACAAGUAUAUUAUGGGUGCUCGCAACUGGUGUGCUGUGGACUAUGAUGAAUCAACUAAUGAAGUUGUUUUCAGUCUGCACAUCGAGAAAAAGCCGGGGACCGGUCGUGUCAAGGUGUACAGCAUGAAGACGCCGCCGCCCCUUUUCUAA